AUUCAUAUUUCAUAUUUUAUUUGUGAUGUGAUUUGAUAUUUGUUUUGUUUAUAUAUAUUUCAGGCGCUUCACCUUUAAUUUAAUGUAUUAAAAUAUUCCUAGUUUUCAUCUCGUAUAAAAGAUCUGUAUAAAAUAAGUGAAAAACAAUGGAAAACCUUAAAAGUAUUUGGAAACCAGAACUUUACCGCAUUCAGAUGGAAGCACCUUUACCAAAGCGCAUUAUGUGUGAUAAUUGUCCGAACAGACCGGAGUUUUACGGCAAAGAAUAUCAUGGCAUAAUGGGGCAUAAGGAAGCUACGUUACUAUUGGAAGACGAACCCAAUGGUGCAUUUCUAAUAAGAAAAGGAAAUGAGUACAAUGACUUUUAUACACUCUCUUGGAAAUUUAAUGACAGGAUACACCACUAUAAGUUGAACUAUGAUGGAACACAUUAUAUAAAGGACAAAAGAUAUGAUACAAUAUAUGACUUGGUUGCGGAUGGUCUUAUAACUUGUCACAUGGAGUUGAAAGCCCAACACAUUCUGGAAAUGAUUAACUCCAGAGCAAAUUACACUGAGAGUCCAUAUGUCACUCUUAAUAGGAAGAAAUUAAAAACAUUGUCACAAAUUCAGCAAGAGUCAAACAGAGCCAGUCCUAUUUUUCUCAAGUCUGAUACAAAACAAGAAAAACACAAUGACAGACCACCACCUCCAUUCAACUUAACACCCACCCUGGAAGAUCCUCCACCAUUCUAUAAAUAUUCAAAGUCACAUAGCUUUAAAGUGCAUACAUUCAAAGGCUUGAAUUGGUGCGAGUUGUGUGCAAAUUUCCUGUGGGGAUUUACUGCACAGGGAGUCAAAUGUGAAGAUUGCGGUUUCAUAGCACAUUCAAAAUGCUCAGAAAGAGUACCAAAUCAUUGUGUACCGGACUUGAAGAAACUUAGAGGUGUUUUUGGCAUUGAUCUAACAACGUUAUUAAAUGCACAUUCCAGUACUUUACCAUUUGUUGUAAGGAAAUGUGUAAAUGAGAUUGAAAAUAGAGGAUUGGAUUCUGAGGGCAUUUACAGAGUAUCUGGAUUUGCUGAUGAAAUUGAAGCUUUGAAACUAGCUUUUGAUAGAGAUGGUGAAGCAACAGAUUUAAGUGUAUACAGUAAUAUAAAUGUAGUGGCGGGUACAUUGAAGUUAUACUUAAGGCUGUUGCCUGUCCCCCUCAUCACCUAUGAGGUUCAUCCUAAGCUCAUCAAUGCAAUUCAAAUGAAAACAACCGUAGUGCAAGUAGCGAUGUUGCGAGAAUGCUUGGAUCUGCUGCCUCCAGCACAUUUUAACUGUUUACAAUACAUGGUUCAACACUUGCAUAGAGUGGCACAACAUGCAGAGGUAAACAAAAUGUCGCCGCACAAUUUAAGUACAGUUUUCGCGCCAACUUUAGUUGCUACGCCGCCCGCUAUAACAGAUCUAUCUUUUGAAAUUCGCGCCCUACAAGCACUUAUUGAAUAUUGCCCACAAAUAUAUUACAAUAAUAAAUAAACAGUAUUCUUAGGCUUGUGAAAAAUAGGCUGUUACAAUGUAUUAUUAGACAUAUUCUAUGACAAUGCACUUAAAACCAAGUCUUCAUUAGAAUAAGGUAAAAAUGUAUGGUAUAAAUAAACAAAGCUUUGUCAAUAGUAAUGAAAUAUCCAGAGACCGCUACAGAGGGAUAGAUAGUAUUUAUUAUUGCUAAUUUGACUGAUUAUAACAUUUAUUUUUAAAUGUAAGUAAUAGAAUAUAGUUUAGAAUAUAUAAAUAUAACUAUGUAUUCAAUGUAUCUCAUGUAAUGUAAGAUAAAUUAGAAAUUAGAAUAAGCAUGUGUGCAAUUAUUAAAGGGUUUAUUCGAAAUAUGAAUGUUUUAUAUGAAAAAAUGUGAUAUUGGAUCAAAUAAUUUUACUAAUUUUAUAAAAGCAUUCCAAGCUGACAAAUAACAAUGAAUGAAUUGGUUUGAAAACAUUUAUUUACACUUUUUGUUAAAUAAAAUGAAAAUUAAGCUUU